CCCACCUCAUAAAUAUACUGUUGAACAAAUCGAAAAGUAUUCGUGGAUUAUUUUGCAGAACAAUUUACAAAUAUUUUACAAGGUUAAAGACACAAAAUCAGUUAAGACUCAUACAUAUUUACAGAACUUACUAAAGUCAUUUUUUCAUAUAUACAAUGGCUAACAAUGUAACACCUGGAACGAGUCGAAAGCCUAUGUCUCAAAAUCUUCUGACAAUUUCGAAAAAGGACUUAUCCACUUGGACCGUGUUUACACUUUUGAAUGAACCCGCUACUAUUGAAGAGGUCGAGCGUGCCUGCGUAAUAGGGCCUUUAAGAGCAAUCGUCGUAACGAAGAAGGAUGACGUUAUUAUGAUCGAAUCAAACAAACCGGAUGACGUGCCAUCCGUGGAACGAAUUAAAAUAACCGCCAAUAAGCUGACACCACUUUGUGGCAAAGGAAUUGUAGAGCUUUACUCCUAUGGCUCUAAAUACUUUGCGGCACUAACAAAAUCCGGCGAAUUGUACGUGUGGGGGUCGAACGUACCCGGCCAAGCUGAAAGUGCCCGUGAGAUGGUCGACAUAUUCGACCUAUUCGACACAUCUGAUGAGGACAGUGAAGCCGACGUGGACUACAAAGUUGAACCAAGCAGCGAAAGUGAGGAAGGCAGCGAAAUUGACGAAAACUACGAAGUUGACGAAGACUACGAAAUCGAUGAAAAUCACAAACUUGACGAAGAUAACGAUAAGUAUGACAGCGAGUCAUUCCAGAUAAAGGGACUAGAAUCUGUUAGAAUAGCUACUGUCGCCUGUGGAAAUAAGUUCAUAGUCGCAAUGUCCGAAGACAACAAGAUUUACAUAUGUGGCGAUUUGUUAUUAUACUUAAACGGAACAGAAUUCAAAUACGCUACGCACGUUUUUACACUUUCGAAAUUAUUUGAGGGGAUGAAUGUUGCCGGGAUAUCGGCAGGGAAGGAUUGUUUUGCCGCUUUUUCGAAGGAUGGCAAGGUUGUUUUUUGGAGAUCAAACCACGCAAACACGGGACACCGAAAAAAAUUACCCCACACGAUAAAGAAGGUUACAUGUGGACACUCGCAUUUCCUCGCGUUGUGCGACAAUGGAGAAGUUUAUGUUUGGGGAAACAAUUCAUUUUCCCAACUUGGCAGCGAAAAAAGAAGAACUACGAAUGAUCCGAUUCUGUUGGAAUUUCCAGAACGUGUCACAGAUAUUUGUGCACAUCCAAUGUCAAACUUGAGCGCUUGCCAAAUGAAAAGCAAGAUAUUCAUUUGGGGAACAGAUGACGCUAAGAGACCAAUUGGCACAAAGUUUACAAAUAUUUUGGAACCAUUCAAGCAAUUGUGCAAUGCGUACUGCUCAACCGUGUUGGUCGUAGAAAAUCGCUCUGCACUAACAACCCCUGUGCCAGGUCCGUCAAUACAUUUGGCAACCCAGGUGACGGGCGACGUAUUCUUCUCCAUAGAUGACGUUCGCAUUCCAGGACACAGCGACAUUUUGCUUAAGAACAGUCCCCAUUUUAAGUCAAUUUUAGAAAAAACCCAACCUAAGGAAGGAAAAACCUGGAAGUCAAUCGUUGUGACGGAUGUAGAGUUUACAACAUUUCACGCCUACCUGUUUCUCGUGUACACCGGGAAACUCAAUUGUAGCAAGUCUAACAUGAAAUACAUCCUGGAUCUCCUCCUGCUGUGCAACAGGUACAAAGAGGAGGAAUUUGUCACCAUUUGCGAUACCGCGGUAAAAGACGGGUUAACAGUGGGCAACGCGAUGGAAACGUUUAACCUUUUGGUGACCUAUAACAGCCAGGUGGAGGUAGACCAACGCCUGGAAACUUUGGAGGGGCACGUGCUGAAAUUUAUUGUUGAAAACAAAAAGGAACUUGCAGCAGAGAUUGCCAAUUUGUCGGAAACUAUGGAACCGGCCAAAUUAAAACAGAUAAUGAGCGCACUGAUAAAUAUUUGAUGUCAGGUGGCAUAUGUAUGUAAAUUAGUAAAUCAGACUUGCAUAAAGCAAAUUGCAUUUGUGGUUAUGAAUGAAUAAUUACAAAUAUAAGAGAUAACGUAGUGAUUUUCAAACAAUUAUUGUCAUCCAAUUUAAGUAAGAAAUUCUGCAGAUUUUGAACUUAAUUUUAAACCCGUCCAGUCUUAUACAUAAUUUGAUCGAUAUGGAUCAUCAGGAUCAUUGUUAGAUAAUUGUUACAUGUGGAUUUAUUCAUAGGGAUUACAUUUCAUGAAAAUUAUGCAUUUCAAGUAUACAAUCAUUUCCGGUCACUUUAUUUUAAAUGCGUCGCUUUAUUAACGACAAACAAUCAAUUCCAAACAAAUUAUUCACGCUUUAUAGCAGCAAUUCGUCACGUAGUCACACGAGGGGCCAAGAAUAUGAAACUCGCAGACCACGUAUGAACAUACCGAAUGGUUGACAGGUAUAUUCAGAAAUCUGCAUUUUUCCCCUUCUCGCUGUGACGCUGUAAUGGGCAAUUUUUUGCAUUAAUUUACAUGCAUAUAAAUUUCACAUUUAACCUGCAACGUCAUAAUACUAGGUCAUCAAACAGGUGUAAUCUUUGGAUUUUUAGGUGCAUUAAAAUCUUCAUAUUGUAAAAAACGAAAGGCGAUGAACACACUCUAAAUAAAGUUGAGUAAAAUUUGUGAUGACACAACUGA